AUACAGCUGCUGCGUUACGAGUAUUUCGAGGGCACCUUAUCGAUUGUGGUGCAGCAUUCUCUGGAGUCAGUGUGACGCCAUCUUCAGCGGUGUGUGACUGCACGACGACGCCGGCAGCGGGGCUGUCAACAACGCAGGCGCUGCUCGUGGAGGCGGGGGCUACGGCGAUGCUGAUACUCCUGUGCCACGGCUCGUGGGACGCGCGCAACUGCCACAACUCGGACUCCACGCCGCUCAAGUUCGGCUCCUACAUCACCGGCAUCUCCAUCGCCGCGGGUCCUUUGACUGGAGCCAGCAUGAACCCCGCCAGGACGCUUGCCCCAGCGCUCUGGAAGGGUGUUUGGGAAUGCCACUGGGUGUACUGGGCUGGUCCUUUAGGAGGCUCCGUCCUGGCUACUGUGAUGUACAUGUCGGUGUUCACAGAGAAGACAACUAGAUCAGCUGCCACAGAAGACAACAGCUCUGUAGACUAGUUCAGAGCAGACGUCGACGGCGUGGAGAACAUAGAAAAGUUCCCGUUCAGCCAGCUGCCAGAGAACUGUCCUCAGUGUCAUCCAGUGCAUUCCCGGCCAGAGAUUUACAAACAGGCUCUGCCUUGAAGCUGAUGCUACACCACUGAAGCCGGAAUCUGAUACUUACACAUUUUAUAUACCGGUGGCAGUCGUAACAAAAUGUGCUGAAGACCUUUAGCUCUGAAAUAGCGGUAUACGUCUGCAGUGUUGCAUUUGAGUGAACUGCUUAGCAUAGUUACAUGUGCAGUGUUGAAUAGGUCGCAUGGGCAUGAAAAUAAUUCUAAAGAUUGAACCUGGAAUUGUUUUAGCAGCAGUCAUGAGAUAACUCAAAACUAUUACCAUAGCUAACCGAUAAUGUGUCUCAAAGACCAGGUAUGUGAAAACGCUUGACAGUUGUUUGUUUCAGUGUGCAGCUUUAUGGGACCAAUGCAAUCAGUUUAUUGAGAAGGAGAAACAACAGCAUGUGACACUUAUCUGUAGAAAUGUGGACAUUGUGUACAGUGGGACAUCCCAAUCGUUACUAUCGUUGAAAUGUGAACGCCAUUCGAUUUCCACUGCCAAACUAUGAUUUUACAGACUGAAAAGGGUGGAGAAACAGACUAGUUUCAAAAUGAAAAGUAAAUUGUCACAUGCUUUUUUUUUUUUUUAAAAAAAGAAAGAACUGUGGUAGUGUCAGUAUUAGAUAAGUGGACUGAGUAUGAGAUAUGCAUGUUAGCAGUAUGUGGUACAUAAUGUGGUGAAUAUAGAUUUAUACACACAGUAGCUGGUUCUCGCAGCUUUUGUACAGUGCCAUGAAAUUUACUAGCGAAUGGUAUGUUUCCACCAAGGACUCGAAUACCGAACUUGCAGAUUUUGUAGGCAACGUCUUUGUGACUGGAGCUAACUCAGAACAUAUGGUUGUGUCUUGGUCCUAAUUUUCCAGUUUUGCACUCCAAACCGGUCUUGGUUUAGAAUCUACUGAUAAUUGUACCAUACUGGCUCGCUCGGAAAAAAAUGAAAGAUAAUAUCAGAGAUGGGAAAGAAUUUACGAUUUAUCAGUGCUUGUUUAGGAAAAAUUAGUGUUGAGGGUAGGAGUGUCUAACUCUUGAUCAUACUUUAUUCAUCCAUGAAUAAAACUAGCAAGUCAGGAGCUGGCAAACAGUUGUGGGAACGACAUAUGGAGUCAACAAUGCAAACAUACAGCUGACACGGCAAAUAUUAAAAAAUAUGUUACGUGCUCGCCUUUACAUGUUUGCAGGUUGCAGUCAUCAGUACAUUUCCAAGAGAUCAGCGCGAUACAAGAAUUGUAUUUACACUCAAGUCUUCAGCCAUGCUGUCAUGGUCAGCAUGCAUAGGAGGAGGAAGAUGUGUAGUUUGACUCUUCUUGGAGAAAUGCUCUCGAGAAUUUAAAGUUAAACUGGUACUCGUGCAGUUCUUUCCUGUAGUGUCUCCUUCCAUUCGUUGUUGAUCAUCUCAGACACACACUCGGUCUAUUUGAGCAAAUCUGUGAUAAACUGUACAGAUCCUUCCUGAAACUUUUUUUCUUGCUUUCAUUCAGCCUCCUGAGAAUAUCGUACCCAGUAGCAAUACUGAAGAAUCUUUCAGAAGGGCUCUUUGUAAGUGUGAUUUACACUUGAUUAACAUUCUAGUUUGGCAUCUCCCUUCUACACAUCCAGAUUUAUCACCAAAUCGCAUUGUAAUCUACAAUGAACGUUUCCCUAGUAUGUCUCCGAAUGUUGCUAAGGAAAUCAACAACGGUAGCACUGUAUUCAGCUUGUCACAAGAUUUCCGCAAAAGCUGUUUCCCUAUCUCGAACUUCCUUUGUUAUCACAAUAACCAAAAACAGCUGGAAAAUACAUUCAAUCAGUCCCACAGUGAAUCGUGAAUCGGCUCCAGUAAUUCCAACAUUGUUAAAGAAGUAACUAUCUACAUUGCUCAUAUAAAUGUUACUAUAAUUUUUUUAACAGUCUAUUUCUUAACAACUGGCCAAUAACAGUACAUUCGGUGAUAGUAUGACAUUGUGAUACUCGAAUAUUGCACUUAUGUUCUCGAUGUACACAAUUUUCUCACUCGGGUUUUAUUUAGACUGUGUCUUACUAAGCGAUUUACUUUUUCUAUUGAUACAGUUUUAGUGUUUGAUGUUGUGGCUCUGCAUAUAUGUGAGAGACUGACUUCAUGAAAGUUCCUGUUCGUUGGUAGUAUUUCUCUCUGCCUUGUAAGCUGGAUUCUACCUUUAAAAACGCUUUGUUUAUGGAAAAAUGUGAAGUUACACGGUUUUUAGGACUCUACUUCAAAACGUAUGCUGCACUCUAAUAACUGUGAAUAAAUCAGAAAGAAGACAAAAUCACACACUAUACCUAGUAGUGACACAUCAGUAAAGCGUGGUAGUAUUCAUACUAGCCUUACGCUUCAUAACUAUUGUACUGCAGUUUUUUCCUGUUUCCCACAAAAAAUCAUUCUUCAUAUCCACUCACUGAACUUACUGUUGUCAAUUUCCUGUCCUUCGAAAUACGUUCACAUAGAUUCUAUAAAAACUUUCUCAUCUGUUUUCACACUCUUUUUUUGUCAUGUUGACAUGUUUUACCAAAUGAUAUGCAUUAAAACACAUGUAAUUCUCUCUCUCUCUCUCUCUCUCUCUCUCUUUCACGUAUGUCAUUUAUGAGAACUGUUGUUUCUGUCCUUCCGUCCUGUGGUUCUCUCUUUCGUAGGAAAAAAGUAUUGAACGUUAAAAUCCAAAAGCAGUUAGGAAUGCGUAACAACAGCGUAUACAAAGAUUAUUUACUGUUUACCAGGUCAUAGAAUUCUUGCCAUCAUUACAGAAAUGUGCAGACGAGGAAGGCUAGCUAGCAGGUUACUGAUACUCUUGAAGAAAAUCAUCUUGGUAGAUUUUCUCUCGAAAACGUAUGAAUGGAAGGAGUUCAAAGUGGGAAAGAUUUAAAUUUUAUAAAAAGGUGAUUUUUGCAGUACAAACUAUUGUCAGACCAGGUAUCUCAAAUGACAAGAAGGUGGAUACAGCUGUUUCAUAUUUUCUCAUGUACAUAUAAACUGUAAAUUAUUUUAAUUUCCUGUUGCUGUAAAACUGUACUUUAUGUAAA